CAGGGAGCGGGCAGCGGGGCAGCCCCGGGCAGCGGGGAGCGGGCAGCGGGGAGCGGGGCAGCCCCGGGCAGCCGAGCUCGGGGCCCCGCGGAGGCACCGGCAGCGUUUGGGGUGCGAAGGGCCGGUCGUCACCGGGGCGUCAGACGGGCUCGUGUGUCCCGGCCGGCUGUGCUGAAGGUGUCCAGGACAUGGUGGUGCUGCGGGCUGGGCUCUGCCCCGGCCUCACCGAGGACAUGCUGCAGCUCCUGAGGGCGAGCGGCGUCAGGACGGUGGUGGACUUUGUGUCAUCAGACCUGGAGGAUGUUGCCCAGAAGUGUUCCCUGUCUUACAAGGCGCUGGUUGCAGUGAGACGUGUGCUCCUGGCCCAGUUCUCUGCCUUCCCUGCCAAUGGAGCAGAUCUUUACGAGGAGCUCAAGAGCUCCACAGCCAUCCUGCCCACUGGGAGCCCGAGCCUGGACCAGCUGCUGGACUCUGGGCUGUACACAGGGGAAGUGACAGAGCUCAUGGGAGCACCAGGCAGUGGGAAGACACAGCUGUGCCUGGGCAUUGCAGCCAGCAUGUCUCUGGGCCUCAAGCAGCACGUCGUGUUUCUUGACUCCACGGGAGGGUUCACUGCUUCCCGUCUCUACCAGAUGCUUCGAGCCCAGGCAGAGGAUGAGGAAGAGCAGCUGGAGGCUCUGCAGCGGGUCCAGGUGAUCCGUGUGUUUGACGUCUAUGAGAUGCUGAGGGCCCUGCAGGAGCUGCGGGAUCGUCUCUCCCAGCAGGUCAUGAGCUCCGUGGCACCUCUCAAGGUCGUGGUGAUUGACUCAGUCUCAGCUGUGAUCUACCCAGUGCUGGGUGGCAGGCAGUCAGAGGGUUUGGCCAUCAUGAUGCAGCUAGCCAGGGAGCUGAAGACACUGGCCAGGGAGUUCAGCCUUGCUGUUGUGGUGACUAACCAGGUGACAAGGGAAAGCAGCACUGGGCCACUGAAGCCAGCCCUUGGCCGCUCUUGGAGUUUUGUGCCCAGCACCCGGCUGCUGCUGGAGACCAAAGAAGCCACUUGGCAGAAAACCACCAAGCAGCGUGUGGCUUCCCUGGCAAAGUCACCCCGGCAGCCAACAGGGAUACAGGUGGAGCUGGAGACUGGAAAUGAUGAUGUGCAGGAGCCAAGCCCAGCAGCACCCACAGAGGGGCCCUGAUGCAGGCAGAGAGCAAAUGUCAGAGUCCAAGAGAGCUGCAAAAAAAGCAGGCAAGCACACUGGAAAGGUUUUAUAGCCUACCUCUGAGUCCUGCACCCCUGGGAAGGACCAACAAAGAAGCUCUUGUUCUGUGCUGGGGAGAAAAUGAGCGUGGGGUUCCCUGGAGAUCUUCUUCCCUCAGCAGGUGCUGCCUGCAGGGGCUCUGCUGUGUGGACAGCAUGACAACCACGUCCUUUCCUCUGCUGCAGCUUGUCUUCAACCUGCAGAGCCAGCCCUGUCCCAAGGGUGUUGGUUUGGGACCAACAAGCACGUCCCUGCACAAAUCCAUCACUCCCAUGGUUUAGUUUCCUCUGUAACUCACAGCCCUCUGGCCCUGGAGCUCUGAUUGUCCUCAGGCAGCCCACAGGGGUCUGUGGCUCAGAAAUGAAACCAGGAUGUUGCAUACUGUCUGUGGCUGUUGGGAGCUGAAAUUCAAUUAGUGGCAGCUGCUGUUAAUUAACAUGUUGAGGUUUACUCUGGGGUGGGACAGGCUGCUGAUGAGCAGGGACAUGAUCAGAUCCCUGAUCUGGCCUUUUCCCCAGAGUGAGGGGUUGGAUGAGUCCUGAGUGACACCAGCUGGCCCUGCCUCAGGCUCAAGGACCUGCUCAAUUGCACGUGGUGAGCUUUGCAAUAGCAUCUCCUUGCUGCAGUGCUCUCCAGCUGCUCUGUCAGAGCUGUGCUUCCCGUGGAAACUGAGCUCUCAGGGCUGUGGUUUAUGGGGCCUCCACCACCUCCCAUCUCCUCCAUCGUGGCCACUGCAGCCCUGUGCACAUGGCUGUGGGAAAGGCCGUGCUCCCAGCAGGUCCUGCCUGGGGAGGGGACCGUGCCAAAGCAACGUGAGCUCUACCAUUAAACAGCUUUUGGUUUAAAUAAAUA